AUGUCGGAUGCAGGUGAUACGCCAGGCGGUGACGCAGAACAGGAAGAAACAAAGUCGCAUCAUUCAACGGCGCCAUCAACUCACUCUAAAGUCCCGUCUCAACAUUCAAAUCAACUUAAUGGUUCUAUGAACGGGGAACAGAAUGGCGAACCUCCCAAGACUCCCGAAGAUAAAACCAACAUCACGGACUUAAUUGAUGACAUGUUUUUAACAUGUGCGAUCUGUAAUAAUCGUUUCAAUCAGCCAAAAGUUUUAUCGUGUCUGCAUUCGUUUUGUACUGGUUGCUUAGAGUCGUACGAGUCGAGUAACGGAGGUGAAUUGGAGUGUCCCGUAUGCGGCAAAGAUGAGAGACGCUCAAUCCGAGAUCUGCCACACAACACGCUAGCAAUGGGACUGAUUGAUUUGAAAACGAUCCUCGGCUCUAAUGAAGCCACAAAAUGCAAUGUCUGCGAUAAAGACGCUGCUGUACGAUGCUACGAUUGCGCCGAUUUUCUGUGCGAAGACUGCGAGAAAGUUCACAAGAAAAUGAAACUCGGAAAAGGACAUCGUAUGACGUCUCUUCAAGAGUUCAUUGACAGUAUUAGUGAUAUGCAGAAUUCGUUAUUGAAGAGGUCGUCUCUGAUGCAUCCCACUGUAUGCUCAGACCACGAAGGAUUUCUGAUGGAGCAAUAUUGCGAAACGUGUGACAUACCAGUAUGUGAUAAAUGCACCACCACAGAGCACAAAUACCCGCAACACCAUGUGACGCCACUACAGGAGUCGGUUAGCCGGCAAUUUAAUCACUUAGAACGCCUUCUCCGAGAAACCGAAAAGAAAAUUCCACCAUUGCAGCAGAGUCUGACUGAUGUCCGGGCCGUGUUAAUGGAUAUCGAGACUCAGUGCGAUUUUGCAGAGAUUAAACUCCGUGAUCGUGUUCGUAGAGAAAUAGAACAAUUGAGAAAAUUGGAGAAUGAUUUAGUGGAUGAAAUGGAACAUAAAAUAUUGGGAAAGCGAGCCGUUCUAGACGAACAGUUUCAACGUCUUCAACAAGGUUUGAACAACAUUCAUGACAGUUGUGAUUUCACAGAGAAUAUGCUGAAGUUUGGAAAUCCUCUUGAUAUGAUUGGACUGAACAGUGAGCUGGAGAACAGAUUACAAGAACUGAUGGCUACUCGUAUCAAGUUGGAACCAGUGGAUAGCAGUGCAAUUGAAUUCACAAGCAAUGAAGAUUUCCAUACCAGUUUGCACAGCAUGAAUCAUCUUGGUACCAUCAGUGUUGCCCGGAAACCAACAACACCAGCUAGAUCUCCAUCUUCCACAGCUGAGUAUUCUCCACGAGUAACUCUAAAUGGAGAUGACACACCACACUAUGCUCCAUCUACCAUACCUGAGGAAACAGAACUUGAAGUGUAUAGAGCUGAAUCGCCAUUACCACCACCAAUCACUUUAUCUAUUCCUCAAGUUAAACUACCACCCACUCCACCUCCUCCACGCGGAACACCACAGAACGUACCUAUGACCAGGGAUGCAGUAACUAUGACAACAGAUACCAGAGAUAUUGGUUCUAUGACAAAUGAUGAUAGCCCUCCAAGAUACACCCCUGUUGGUCUCAGAUUCAGCAGAGAUGGAAGACCAUCCCGUGGACCAAGUAGGAAAGGACGUGCAGGGGAUGAAGAUAUCUCAGCUAGAGUUUACACGCCAGCCCAUCAGGUUCAUCGAGCAAAAGUUGCCACCAAUCCUGAUGGAAGCUAUUCAGUUGGGUACAAUCCGACAAUGCCUGGUAAUCAUGACCUACGUAUAAAUUUCCUAGGUCAGCCUUAUGGAGAACCACUAGCAUUAUCUAUGCAACCCGAGCAUUACCAACAGUUUGCACGUGGAGCACAAGGUCAAAAUCCACCAGGAAUUAAUAUAAUCCUUAAGCCUGCAAAGAAAAAUCAAUACUAUGCUGAUGAGCUAGAAAAUGAAUCUGAAGAUGAUGAUGAUGAAUGGUUAGAAGGCCGCCCAUUUUUGAAGAUUGGUGGCAAGGGAACUGCACCAGGUAAACUGUGUGGACCACGCGGUAUUGCUAUUUCCCACAAUGAUGAUAUUGUUGUUGCUGAUCGAGGUAAUAACAGAAUGCAAGUAUUCUUCCGAGAUGGCAAGUUAAGCCAUGUUUUCUCUUAUCGAAAUUUCACUAGAAAGUUUGAUCCUGUGGGAGUGGCAAUCACAAACAGUGAACAGCUAUUAAUUUCAGACUAUGACAACAAACAUGUGUUGCUAUGCGACUAUGAUGGUCGGAUUAUUCGCACAAUUGGUUCAGGCAUUUUGAAGGGUCCCUGGGGUGUUGCUGUUGGACGUCAUGGUCUUGUUCAUGUUGUCGACCAUCCGCAGCAUUGUGUUCGUACAUUUUCUCUGGAUGGCACACACGUCCACACAUUUGGAGGUAAAGGAGAGGGCCCUGGAGAAUUCAACUAUCCACUGUAUGUUGCUGUCAAUAAUCGGGACAACAUCAUUGUUUCUGACUACUGCUAUCAUCGUGUCCAAGUGUUUGAUUACAGGGGAACUUUCUUGUUUGAUUUUGGAACCCACGGUGACAGACAAGGGCAAUUCUACCGACCAACAGGAGUGGCCUGUACCCAGAAAGAUGACAUCAUUGUCAAUGACUACCUUAGCAACAAAGUCCAGUUGUUCAAGCCCAACGGUAGCUUUGUCAGACACCUCAACAAUGACAGCAAAUGGCUAGAAUGUCCAGAAGGUAUUGCCAUUGCAUCCGAGAAGCCACUGAGAGUUGCUGUUGUGGAUAGUGGCCAUCACUGCAUCAAGGUUUUCUAA